CAUAUAUUACAUUGGCUGCUUGGGAGUUUAACGUUAUUUUAGUAAACAAUCAAUUUAAGGUGCUCCACAAACUGCAGUUCCGCCCAAUCGGACUAUUGACUUCAAUCGAAAUGUUCACUUUGAUGAGGAUGAAGGGCCCUACUAGACCUGCCCCUAACGUGCCUGUGAAUGGAGUGCACCGCUACUGUCCAACUACUAAUUGGGAUAAUGAUCCGUUUGGUGAUGUGUUUGAACCUACUCCACAUGUCCAGAAGAAAAAGCCUCCCCCAAGACCACCACCACCCAGAGUAAUAAACAAACAACCUGAUAUUCCAGCUAAACCUUCCCAUUUUAUUAGAAAACCAAAUGUGCUUUCAUCUUUACUAUCCCGUAAAAAUAGACCAGUUAACAAUCAAAAUAUUAAGCUACAGGGCAUAGUAUCUGACUUUGAAUGUGAAUUGGAUUCAAAUAAAAUGUUUCCAAAAUGUGAACCAAAGAAUAUACAGACUGGUGCUUUGAUCGACCUAUCUUCACCACCCAGUUCUCCUACAUUUACUACAAGGUCUAGCAGCGAUGGUUUAAGUGUGGACAGCUUUGGUUCCGAUGCUACAACAUCCACUAGUCAUCAAAAUGCUCUCAACGGAAACUCCUCACAAGCCGAAAGUGGUUUUGAAGAUGAUUUUGAUCUAUUUAUGAACACAAGGAAGAAUGAUACAGUCGAUGAUAUGACUGUGAUUGAUCCUUUUUCACCUCAACCAGCUAAACCACUAAUAAUGAAAAAACCAAUGUUAAUGAAAGAUCCAUUUGAUUUAACAAGUAUUAAUCUACAUGCCCAAGCUCCUUCAUUGAAAGGUCCAACAAUUAUCAGAGCAAAGCCCGCCAGGCCUAAACCACCAGACAAUGUAGUACUAUUGAAGAAUAGUUUAGGCGACAACUUCUCUGUCACCAAAAUGAAUGUUAACAUGACAAAACCUCUACAAAAAGUGAACCAAUAUUCAGAUAAUUAUGAUACAAAAUUGAAUUGGGAAGAAAAUGAUGUUGAGAGUGAGGAUAGAGAAGGGUCUCCACCAAUGCCCACAAUACCUCCGCCUCCACCACCUUUGCUAUCUGAUGAACCCACACCUUGGACUGACUCCAUGAAUUUUGAAGAGCUAAUUUCAGAAGACGAUCCAUAUGCAAUUGCUCUCUUUGACUACUACACUGAUCACCCAGACGACUUGUGUUUUUCAGCCAACACCAGAAUCAAGUUGAUAAGGCGAGUGGACCACGAAUGGUUGUUUGGACAAUUAAAAAGCGGAGUCGAAGGCAUCUUUCCCUCGAACUACGUGGAGAUCAAGGUACCUCUUCCAAACGACGCUGCUUCUCUGAGACCUUCGAUUGGAACUGCAAUAGCUUUGUACAACUUCGAAUCCAACGAGUUUGGGGAUUUACCCUUCGUGCCAGGAGAUAGUAUAACAGUACUCGAAAAACUCAACGACGAAUGGUACUAUGGCGAAUGUAACGGAAAGAAAGGGCAGUUCCCCGUUAACUAUGUCCAAAUGAGUUAACUAAGGGACAACUGUUGUUGUGAUCUGUGUGAUUGUGAUUUAUAUAUUCCCUAGAGGUUUGUGAUAUUUCACUAGACUGGACCGUUGUUUUUUUAAAACAUAUCGACGCUUGAAAGGCAAACGUGACUAAGCGACAAUAACUGCUUUGUACAUAAAUGAUAGGCAAUAAUCAUAUUCGA